AUGAGUGCCGAUGAACAGGCCGAGCCGCCAUCACCCGCUGCACACCCUUCAAAUGCUGUGCCGUCGUUGAUUCCAUUCCCGCAGAAAUUGGAUUUAGACGGACAUGUAUCAACAAACUGGAAAAAAUUCAGACGUGGCUGGAUUAAUUAUGAGAAGGCGUCUGGACUUAAUUUGAAACCAAAGGAUCUGAGAGCAGCAACAUUUUUAACAUGCAUAGGGUCAGAAGCAAUGGAUAUAUUCGACGGGUUUGACUUUGCAAAUGAAACAGACAAGGAUGAUAUCGACAUUGUCAUCGAUAAAUUCGAAACGUUCUGUGUUGGCAAAACCAACGUGACAUUCGAACGUUACGUCUUUCACACGUGCGUGCAAGGUGAGACAGAAACCUUCGAUACUUAUCUCAGUAAAGUACGGAAAUUUGCAAGAACAUGCAGCUAUGGUGACUUAGAGAAUGAAUUAAUAACUGAUAGGCUAGUACUGGGAAUUCGAGAUAAUGGGUUACGAAAACGAUUACUACAGGAUGAUAAAUUGACCCUAGAUAAAUGCAUAGACAUGUGCAGAGCAGCAGAAGCAUCAUCCUCAAAAGUAAAGUCGUUGUCUAAACAUGCAUCUCCAGACGAAGAUGUGCAAGUCGUAAAGCCAAAACGCAAACAACUGCUUGCCAAAAAUGAUCAAAGUAGUAAGAAAAAGUGCAAAUAUUGUGGAAAAAAUUGUGCUAAAGGAAAGUGUCCGGCUUUUGGACAAAAAUGCAGGUCUUGUGGCAAAUUUAAUCAUUUUGCUUCAGAAUGCAAAUCGCGUAAACAUCACAAAGUGAAGUCAGAAAGACCACACGUGAGACAUUUAAAUUUGAGCUCAUCGUCAGGAAGUGAAGAGGACGUUUUGAUGUUGAAUCAAAAUCAAAAGGUGCAGACGAAAAUUUUCGCAAACAUGUUAUUAACUAAUCAAAACAAAACUGUGAGAUUUCAAUUAGACAGCGGAGCUACGGCAAAUAUUUUACCUAGGUUGUACGUGCCAGACGAGAUAAUGGAGAAAACUAACAUUACGUUAUCAAUGUAUGACAAAUCAAAAAUGAAAGCUUGUGGUACGUGCAAAUUAGUUUUGAAAAAUCCCAGGACAAGAAAACGAUACGAGGUGCGGUUUAUCGUAAUUGAAAAUGAUACGGCUGUUCCGUUAUAA